UCUUAUUGCAGAAAGAGAAGGAAAAGCUUCACAAAAAGAUCAUAGAGCUGGAACAGAAGCUUGAUGCAAGACAAGCAUUAGAGUUGGAAAUUGAGAGGCUGAAGGGCUCGUUAGAAGUAAUGAAACAUAUGGGUGAGGAUGGAGAUGAUGAUGCCAAGAAAAAAAUGGACCAGAUUCAACAAGAUUUGAAUGAGAAGGAAGAAGAAUUUGAAUACUUUCAAAACAUCAAUCAAAAUCUCAUCAUCAAAGAGCGUAGAACCAAUGAUGAAGUUCAAGAUGCGCGCAAAGAAUUGAUUCAUGUGUAUGGCGGUUCGUCGACCAGAGCCUUUAUUGGUGUCAAGAGAAUGGGGGAUCUUGACAGCAAACCAUUCUGCACAGCCAUAAAGUUGAAGUAUGCCAAGGAAGAAGCAGAUGAGAAAGCAGUAGAGUUGUGCUCAGAAUGGGAGGACAAGCUUCGUGACCCUAGCUGGCAUCCCUUCAGGAUUAUAGAGGACGAUGGAGGACAAGCUAAGGUAUGCAUUUAAACGUUUGCGUUUAUUCCCUGUUGUG